AUGGGAGGGGAAAUUAGGAUGGAUUGGUCACAAGCAAUGAUCACAGUUGGAAAACAGAGAGUCCUUUUGCACCCUGAAACAAAGGCCAAAUACAUAGUUUUUUCCUCAAAUGAUGUGAAAGCUCAAAUUUUGUACCAGGAUUGUGGCUUUGGUAAUUACAUGAUAUCGACUGAUCCUCAAGAUGAGAGUAUGUUAACAGAUUCAAGUAUGUCUGAUGCACUCUGGUCUAUAGAAUUUGAUGGGAGUUGUUCAUCUUCUGAAUUAGGGGUCAGGGUCGUAUUGAUACCUCCCCAUGGAAAGGUCAUUCCUUAUUCUUUCAAAUUGGAAUUCCAAAACAUGAAUAAUACGGCCCAAUAUGAGGCCUUGUUAUUAGGUCUGGCUGAAGCAAGGAGAAUGCAAAUCAAAAAGUUGAAGGUGAGAGGUGACACUGAACUUAUUGUUAAACAAGUGAGGGGCCUAUUUGCUAUCAAAAAUGAGAGAUUGAGACAUUAUAGGAAUCAUGUUUGGGAUGAGAUCGAAGCCUUCGAUGCUUUUUCAAUUGAGGUCAUUCCUAGGGAGUUUAACUCGAAGGCUGAUUCUUUGGCAGUAUCUAUAGCCUUUUUGGUACCACACCCAGAUUUCACAACCGACACUUACAUGGUUGAACUAGUUUAUAGACCUAGUGUGCCUGAUAAUUCUGAAUCCUGGCAGGUGUUUGAAAAUGAUAAAUAG